AUGCUGCUCUCCUUCGUAUUCAAGUUGUUUAAUUCAAAUUCGAGUGAUUACACAUUUAUUAUUGCAGAGCAAGGAAAGUACUUGGCUUUGGACCUGGGAGGAACUAACUUCCGGGUACUGGUGGUGAAGAUCCGGAGUGGAAUAAGCAAGUCUGUCCGCAUGUACAACAAGAUCUACGCCAUCCCUCUGGAGAUCAUGCAGGGCACAGGAGAGGAGGUGUUCAACAACAAUUUCCAGUGCAUCUCAGAUUUUCUGGACAACAUGGGGGUGAAGAAUACUUGCCUCCCGCUUGGUUUCACCUUCUCCUUCCCCUGCAGACAGACAGGAAUCGAUAAGGGAAGUUUGGUUAGCUGGACCAAAGGGUUCAAAGCCACAGACUGUGAAGGAAGUGGUGUGGUGGAAAUGCUGCGAGAAGCUUAUAAGAACAAGGAAUACCGUCGCCCAAACUCCAAAAAAAAAGCCGCACCCAAAAAGCCAGUCAAAGGAAAGAAGGCAGCUGAGAACGGUGAUGCCAAGGCUGAGGCGAAGGUUGAAGCCGCUGGAGACGCCAAAUGA